AUGAAGUGGUGGUGGACAGCUGCGCAAGGCAGCUCGCCAUUCCCGAAAGAGUUUGCGUUGAAGGCAGCUGAUGCGGAUUCCAUACCAAAUGCAUAUGAUUUGACAAUUGUGGAGCGGAAAGGCCAGGCGUUCUGCUGGGGCACAGCACAGUACUCAUCGUUGUCAGAGCUCAAGAAGAAACUCCUGGACCCGUGGCAUGAGGUUAUAUAUCCUAUCCUCGAUGAUGAAGGGCCUGCGGCAGCGCCUUCACCGCGACUAUCGUACUCAACGGACGAAGCCGCACUCCGCAAUGCAGUAUGGCAACGAGCAGCUGCCGGUCGCGCCACCGCCAGCGGCGCCGAAACCACCAGCGAUCCAUUACCGCCGCCGCUGCAGCGGCGCGCCAACCUGCUUGUGGACAUGUUCGGUGGCGUCAUUGCCCACAGCGCGGCCCCCGAAUCGCUAUGUUGGUGGGAGCCCUCUCCCUUCUUCCCGCUGUCACGCGGCGGCUUGCGCCAGCUGCCCAACCUACUGCCGCUGCAUGCGGCGGCGCAUCGCGACCGGCAGGACCUGCUGCUGGCCGCCGUCGUAAGAGACGUGACGGAGGCGAACGGAAUGGUAGCCGCGGCAGCGGCGGCGGGAGAGGUGGCGCACACGGUCGACAUAGCCUUGGCCGCGGGUCAGCUUCAGAACCAACCACGUUUCUUCCUCGUCGUGGCCGGCGAAGCCACCGCCACCGCCGCCGCCAGCUCCCACAUCGCGGGCAUCGCGGACAAGGCGGGGCGUCUUUUGAGCGGCAGUGGGAUCAGUGCAGCGGCAAUGGAUGAGAGCACGACGGCGGCAGCGACGGAGGAGGUUGUGCAGCUGCGCCCGCUCAGGACGGGCACCUCGCCAGCCGCCGUAGCGGCGCUGUGGGAGUUCGUACUCAUCGCUGUGGUCGCCGCCGGCGCCGGCGACGCUGAUGACGACAUGGGAUUCGGAAUGCCGCCGGCGGCGACGGCGACGGCAGUAGAGGCGGCAACGCCAGGAGCAGCGAACGGAGGGGAGGAGCAUGAGCCCACGGCGGGCGCAGCGGCGGCGGCGGCGGCGGAACUCUUGCUUGAUCUCCUGUGCACCAACUGGGCUGGUUUGCAGGAGGGCACGUUGGUCUGUAGCCUGCCAUUCCGGCAGCUGCAACUCUGCAGUACGGCCGACAGGCGCUCCGAGCAUCCACCACCGCCGCCGUCAUCAUCGCAGCACAGUCGUACUGCAGCGGGAAAGGCUGUAGUCCCUCCGGGCGGGUAUCCCGCAGCUACAGCCACAGCCACGGGCGCUGUUACUGACCUCCUGAGAUUGUAUUUGGACUGUACGGCAGACGCUAUGGCUUAUGGAGUUGACAGUGCGCCCGUCAGCGGCGACGGCGACGACGGCAAGGAUACAGCGUUUGGGCAUACCGUCGAGGAAAAGGGUGGUGCUGUGGCUGCCAUCCCCGUCGGCAGUAGCGCCGCCGCCGCCGCCGCCGCCGCCAAGGUCGGGACACGUGAGAGCAACAGCCUCCUUAGCAGGGCGCGAGCGGCGGUGGCGGCGGCGUUAAGCUGGCUGCCACCCAGGCGGCGCCCGGGCCUUGCGGAAUUGCUGCUGCCGCCGCUGCCGCUUACUACGGCGACGGCGGCAGCAGAUAACUGCAAUCGCUUACGGCCCUGUAAUGAUGCGGCAAACAACGGAUCAAAUGAAAAACUGCCCGGAGCCGGUUCGGUGCGGAGAGGAGAUCGGCAGCAGAGACCCUCGGGUCUGUGGAUUCCGGCUGUGCGCCAACCGGCGCCGCUGACGUCGCGCCGUUCCCAGCAGCAGCAACUGCGGCGUCCGGAUGACUAUCUCUUGUGGCCGCCGCAGCGGCAUCCUCCCGCGGCCCGAUGGGGACUGCUGGACGCCAGGGCGGCGGCAGCGACGGCGACGGUGGCGGUGGCGGAGGUGGAGUCGGAUGCAAGGUCGUUGGCGGCGGUACCGGAGAUGCAGAGCCCAUACGCCAGGGCGGCGGAGCAAGCAGCACGAAGCUUGGGCGGCGCAGCCGCUGGGUCCAGGGCGGCGGCGGCUGAUGACGCCCCGGCAGUAGCAGCGCCAGCAGCAGCUCCAACAGCAGUAGUACCGCUGUCGCUGCCGGGGCUGCAGCACCUGCCGGCCGAGGCAGCGGCCGCUCUGGAGCGCGCCUUCAUGGACGCAGCGGCGGCAGCUGCUGCUGAUACGGCCCGCUGGAAAUCUCACCUGGGAAGCCGGCCGGUGCCCGCGGGCACAACGACGGCGGCGGCGCCAGGAGUAUACCUGAGCCGCGGCGCCGCCGCCGCCGCCGCCGCCGCCGCGCCUGCUGUUACAGGGGUAGCGAUGGCCAGGCCUCAGGAUGCGCCUUCCGCUAGGUCAACGGCGGCAGGGGCAGUAGCAAUCACGGCGACGUCUGGCUCUCAGGAAGGUUCAGCAGCGCUUGCCAGCAGCCCGCCGCCGCCGCCGCCGCCACUGGCGCGCCCUGGCGGCACCCGCCUGGGGCAGCUGUCUCCGGAGACCGCAGGGCCCGUGCUGGCUACCUUUCGCCAAGCAGCUUCUUCGGGCUACCGUACUUAUCACCUUGGCAGCGCGCCAGCGCCGGUGCUGCGGCCGACGGCGGUGACACCGCCGCCACCGCCGCCGCUACAACCAGCUCCCGCGGGGAGGGGAUCCUUCUUCGGUGGUUGCUGUGAUGGGGUCGGCGGCGGCAGCAGCUGUCGGGGUGCUGCUGCUGCUGCUGCUGUUGCAUUUCCUAGCGGUGAUGGUGGUGGUAGCGGUGAUACUGCCUGUCUCAACAACAGCAACAACCUGACACGCCCACCAGUGCGCUCAUCGCCGUUACACCGACACAGCGGCUACCCGUUCAGCGACGAGGAGCACCGAGCUCAUGCGCUAGCGCCGCCGCCGCCGCCGCCGGUGCCGUCACCCUGGUUCGGCGCCUCGAGUCACGCGGCGAACCGGCUCGAGGGGAAGGGGGACGUACGAAUGGAGCAGUACCAGGACUUCGUACGGCACUCUCAGCGGCCGCAUGACAUUCCGGCGGUGACCACCCUCUCUUGCCACGUGUCGUCCAACGGGGUGGGGCUCCCAAGAAGAUCAAGAAACAGCCACCUGCUGAUUCACAUACCCACAGCACAGCACAGCGGCUCACGAACAAAGCCCCGCACGCAAUCACAGCAUACUGAGCAAGCCCCGACAGCAAUCCCAAGGCUAAUCAUGGCCAACAUAUCCUCAACGAUCCAUAUCCUCAAACGUCCCUCGAAAAUCCCUCAGAAAAUCCCUCAGAAGCUUCUGGGCGGGAAGCUCACAACGCUUCACAGCCGGGCUGUGCCGCCGGCAACUGGCCCAGCCGCGGUAACUGGCUCCUCACGGCGGAUCCGCUUCACACCUUGCAAGCCGGCAGCGCCGCCAUCACCAUCACCAUCACCAUCACCAUCACUCCCACUGGAGCGCUUUCCCACCCCCCGUGUGACCGUACCGUCCUCCGGCGGCUCGGUGGCGGCGGCAACGGCAGCGGAGGGUGGCGCCGGCGAUGCCGCUGCCGGCCCUACCGGUGGCUCAGCGCUGGCAGUCAUGGUGGCUACGUUCGCGUCAUUGGCAGCGGAAGUAGCUGCAUCCCGGGGGCCAUGGGUCGUGUGCGCGGCGGCAUUUUUUUCUUUCCUGUCUUUCCUCUUCUUGUUCAUCGAGGAGGUCGUCUUCGAGGGCCGUCCUUUGGUGGGCUUUGCAGCGGCUUCAGUCGUCGUGGCCGUGGUGGUUGCGGAUGAUCGGAAGCACCGCUGCACAGCCUGGGCUUGGCAUCGGGGGGAGAGACAGACCGAGACCGAGCCUUGCUGA